AUGAAUCCUCCAAUUUUUGCGCUUCCACCAGAAGUUCAGACCACCAUCAUCGGAUACAUACCUCGUCUGACUGACCUCAAAAGUCUGUGUCUCACGUGCAAACAGCUGCGUGAUGUGGCGAUGCCAGCACUCUACGAGACUGUUCUUCUUCCACACGAUGCAUGGGAGAAGAAGUCGAUGUUCUUUCGCUACGAUCAUCCAGGACACCAGCUUGUCAGGCAAGUCGCUGUUUGCGACGUACCUUCCGACAAUGAAGCUGCGGCCGCCGAGGCAAACGCAACACUUCGCGCUAUACUACAGCUGAUACCACACAAUCGUCCAAAACGUGUUGUGACGUCGGCCACCCUGGUACUCGAGCCGGAGACUCUGCUUGCCUUGUGCACGCGGCAACAGCGACUAGAGAGCAUACUUGCAGGGUCGUUCCGACCAUCUAGUCUACCGAUGGGACUAGAUGUGGGUCAGUACUUCCGGUUCUUGAACAGAUUGCAGGUACCGCAGCAGAUUCGCCAAGCAAGCGACUUGGACACUUCUGCCCGCGUGCUCCAGUCACGUCCUGGCCUCAAGGUCCUCGGAAUACCCAGAUGCGAGGUAGCUGAAGCAGAUGAUCCUGCUUUGGAGCGGCUGAAGAAUGACGAGCUUGGGCGGACACAGUUUACGAUGGACAAGUUCUUUGGUGAAGAAAGUCACAUAUCGACUCCUCUUCUACCUCAACUCCAGGUCCUCAGCAUGUUGGACAUCGACAUGGCCGUUGCAGAGAGUCGUUUGCUGCGACAUGUGGAUAUGACUCGACUUCGGGCUCUCGACAUGGUUGACUGUGCCAACAAUGGACAGUUUCUGGACACCUUGCGAAGUCUAUACGCACGAUCGCCCUCGGUGUCACUGUUGGACUUCUCUUUUGGUGUGUGCUGGGAAGAGUGCGACACGAAACGCCUUCAAGCUUUCCUGGGGUGCUUCGCCGGGCUCGAGUCGCUCGACCUCAAAUUAGGGUGCGACGAUGACACGUUCCGUCCCAAGUGUCUCUAUGGACACGCGCAGACACUGAAGCACCUGCGUGUUUCCAUUGGAUUCGAUGACGAAGAUAUCACACAAGCGUGCUUUCCGAAAACAGAACUGGCACCACUACUCGAGCAGUGCACGGCUCUGACAGAGCUAGCGAUAGCUUUGCCUGAGACAUCGGUCACCUCCUUCGCGCCGGGAAUCUCAAAUUGCUUGUUUGCGCAGACACUGGGCUUGAUAGCUACUAUACCUGAGCUCGAAGUCCUUCACAUCCUGGACUGGCCUGAGGUCUCUGUCGAAGACAACGAAGUCAGAGACGAGCGUUUCAAGCGGGACUACAUGCAUGCUUUGGACAACUUUGCCAGCCUAGUACUUCAGCAUCUAGCCAUAUUGAGCCCCUCUCGGAGUCAACGGCCAAAGCUCCUGUGCAUUGGAGACAAAACAUUGAUCACAAACAGGGUCUACUUCAACAAGAGUAGCGACGACACUAGAGAUGAGACCAGCUUUGAGCAUGACCACGGCCGAGCAUUCUACUCCAAGGGCUACCAGACUGAUUGCUGGGGAAGAUCGGCGCCAUGUGCUAUUCGAAUUCCUGCGCAGUCCGCGAGAUUCGUGGCACCGGGGUUCGAGGCUGUCGCGAGGCAUGCGCGAGACACAGAUGGUGGCUUGGGAACUCGCGACUACUUUGUGCCAAAGUAG